AUGGAACAAGAUGAGCUGCUUCGGCAGCUUCUCGAUCCGCGGUCGCCGUUGAAUGUCGAGAGCUUAUUGGAUACCGUUACCGCUCUCGUUAUUGACUGCGACAUACCAGUCCUGAAACGUAUGAAAAGUAUCGACAAUUUCAUUUCUAGAUAUGAGCGUGUUGUGCAGGCCCUGAAUGGGCUCCGAAUGAAAGCUUGUGAUUUUCGACAGCUCAAAGUAAUUGGUCGUGGAGCAUUCGGCGAGGUUCAUUUGGUUCGACACAGCAAAACGAAUACGGUUUAUGCGAUGAAGAUGUUGAAUAAGGAUGAUAUGAUAAAGCGAGCUGAUUCAGCAUUUUUCUGGGAAGAAAGGGAUAUUAUGGCACAUGCAAACAGCGACUGGAUCGUUAGACUUCAAUACGCUUUUCAAGAUCCCAGAUACCUUUAUAUGGUCAUGGAGUACAUGCCGGGAGGCGAUUUAGUCAAUCUUAUGACAACUUACGAUGUUUCCGAGAAAUGGACAAGAUUUUACACGGCCGAGCUCGUCGAGGCGCUUGCGGCUCUUCACGAAAUGGGAUAUAUUCACAGAGACGUGAAGCCUGACAAUAUGCUCAUUUCAAGAAGCGGCCACAUCAAGCUCGCUGAUUUCGGAACUUGUGUUAAAAUGAACGAACAUGGUGUUGUGAGAUGCUCAACAGCGGUUGGAACACCAGAUUAUAUAUCGCCGGAAGUUCUUGGCAAUCAGGGACAGGAUGCUGAGUUUGGAAAGGAGGUUGAUUGGUGGUCUGUUGGAGUUUUCAUUUAUGAAAUGCUCAUUGGUGAGACUCCAUUCUAUGCUGAAGCUCUUGUAUCGACAUACACAAAUAUUAUGAAUCACAAGACUAGCUUGAAGUAUCCGGAAGAUGCUCAGAUAAGUGAUAAGGCAAAGGAUAUUAUUAGAAGAUUUCUUUCCGCUGCUCCUGAGCGUCUUGGAAAAAACGGGGUAGAUGAGAUUCGCCAGCAUCCAUUCUUCAAAAAUGACGAAUGGACUUUCGAGACAUUACGACAAGCGACUCCGCCGAUUAUUCCAACGCUCAGAUCAGAUGAUGACACUACGCAUUUUGAGGACAUCGAAACUCGCGAUCGUGAUCCAACCGAAGUUUUUCAGCUUUCAAAAACGUUCAAUGGAAAUCAGCUUCCUUUCAUCGGUUUCACGUAUUCGAAUGAGUAUAGUCCACUAGAAGCGAUUAGGAAAAGCAUGGCUAAUGCUGCAGCCGCUCCGAUGCAGAAUGGAAUACCGAUGACAAAUGGUACAACUUCUGGUGUACCAAAAGAGCAGUUUGAUGAGAUUAUGGCUACUGUAAGCCUUAAAAAUAAGGAGCUUGAAAUGCUGAAAGAGAACAUCUCUCGAACAGAGAAACGAGCAAAAAUGAUGGAGGGAGAGAAAAAUAUUCUUUCUUCGAAAAUUGCUGAUCUUGAACGUGAAAUUAAGGAAAACAAGGAGAAAAUUCGGCAAAAUAUCGAUUCGGAUGCAAAGUUGAACGGAUUAUCCGUUGAGUUGAGAAUGGCAAAAGAAUACAAUGCUGAAAUGGAGAAGGAAAUGACAAAAUUCCGCGAAAAAUACGAUUUACUCAAAGAAGAUCUACGAAAGAAAUUAUCAGAGAUUGCUCAGGAAAAGAAUGAAACCCAGAGAAUCGCCAUGCAGAAAAAAGAGAUCGAGGAAAAGUUCGCGGAAUUGAAGCGAGAUAUCGAAUUAGUUAAAUCACGGGAAGCAGAGACUUCGAUGCAAUUGAAAAAGGCUUUGGAAGAGAGAAAGGAGAACGGAUAUCAGCAGAGUGUUGCAAAAGCCAGUGAUGCCGAGUGGGAACGAAAAUUACAAUACUACGAAAAGCAGUUAGAGCAAGCCCACGAUGAGAGAAAAGUUGAAGAGCAGAAGCGAACCGCCGCGGAAUUCGAUCAAAGUCGAAUGGCUCGAAAACUUGCGGGAAUUGAGGCGAAUUACGAGUAUCUUCAGAAUGAUUACAAAUCUCUUGUCGAAGCCCGAGAUCGGUUGGAGAGAGAUUUGCAAGAGUUGGGAGCAGAGAAGAGAAGGCUUGAAAUUCGCGUGGAACAGCUCAUGGAUAGCAGAAAUACCGAUGAACGGGUUUUGUCGCUCUGCCAAGACGAGCUUGUUGAAAGUCAAGAAGAAGCUAAAAAUAAGGAGGAUGGAUUAAGAUCGAGAAUUGAAGCGAUUCGAUACGAGCUCGAGAAUGAACGAUUGAAGUCCCAAACCCUUGAAGAAAAUCUUUCGGUAGCCGAUAAGGAGCGUGGAAUGCUUAAAAUGGAAGUUCAAGAACUCAUGCAACGACAUAAAUGGGAAAUCACUACAAAAGAACAGCAAUUAAAGCAUCUUGAAAAUCAGCUCGAAGAAUUGACACAUCACACGCGCGAAACUACUGAAAUUGAGAACAAUGGCAUGCAGAAAAUUGCUGAACUUGAAAAGAAAUUGGAAAUUGAGAAGGCCCACAAGAAAGCAGUAAUUAAUAAAUUGGAAGAGGAGAUGGCUAAACGACAACCAACGAAGAAAGGAGAGAAAGGAGUCACUAAGGCGGCGUUGAUCAAGAAAGAGAGAGAAAUCAUGAUGCUUCAACAAGAGCGGGAUGAAAUGACGAAGCGGAUGAAGAUGAUGUAUUGCGAACACGAGAAGCAGGCCGGUGAAUUUACCGCUCAGCUUCAAGAUGAAUUCCGUCAAAAUGAGCUGUUACGGGAGGAGAAUCGAGAUCUGAAAGAACGAAUAGAAGAGCUGAUGCGAAAUGGUCUUCGAUUCGGCGACGAUAAAAGAAGUGUAGAUUCAAGGGAAGGAAUUCCAACCUCGUUGAGUUAUCACAAUCUCCAGAUGGAUGGCUGGGUGUCUGUGCGAGAACUGCAGAAGAAGUCCCGAAAGGCCAAGUGGGUUCAACACUUUGCUAUUCUCAAUGAAUACGCUUUCACGAUAUACCAAGACGAGAAGGCGCAGCAUCCAGUGCUUACUGUAGAAGCGGGAAAUAUGUGUCAUGUUCGUCAUGUCACUGCUGCCGACCUCCGCAAUGUUGAUGAUUCACAAUUGCCAAGAAUUUUCCAUUUGAUGUACGAUGACAACUCUUCGGCCGCUUCUCGUCAUGCCUCGAAUUCGGAUCUCACCAUGAAUGAGUCACAACGCGAAGAAAGUUGGAAGCGCCACGACUUCCAGGAACUCUCAUUCCAUAUUCGGACGCAUUGUGAUGAUUGCGGCAAGAAGUUGUCCGAUAUGAUUCGACCAACGCCGGCGUACGAGUGCCGUAACUGUCGCUAUAAAAUUCAUAAGGAACACGUUGCGCAGGGCACUAUUACGGCUUGUAAAUUUACUGGUCUUUCACGCGAACUGGUUCUGAUGGCACCCCAAUCGGACGUUUGCGUCCGAUGGGUUUCCGUUCUGCGUCGUUUCAUCGAAUCCGCUCGACCAACCGGAGCAUCGGUGUCGCGGGUUUCGUCACGACGUCACGUCGGAUCCACAGCAUCUUCAUCGAUUCAUCAAUAA